AUGAAACCAGGAGCGCCUCAAAGUCCAGCCUGGUGGUGACUGACUAGUAGAUGAGCGUGGAGCUGGCAGCAAUGGGGCCUGGAGCUUCGGGAAAUGGGGUCAGCACUGCGACAGUUCCACACUCAGCACCGGGUCCUGGAGGCAGCCUGCACGCCUACGACAUCGCGGUCCUGGUCGUCUACUUUGUCUUCGUCAUUGGCGUGGGGAUCUGGUCGUCCAUCCGUGCCAGCCGAGGGACCAUUGGCGGCUACUUCCUGGCGGGAAGGUCCAUAAGCUGGUGGCCAAUCGGAGCAUCUCUGAUGUCCAGCAAUGUGGGCAGCGGUUUGUUCAUCGGCCUGGCUGGGACAGGGGCCGCUGGAGGCCUUGCUGUGGGUGGCUUUGAGUGGAAUGCAACCUGGCUGCUUCUGGCCCUCGGCUGGAUCUUCGUCCCCGUGUACAUCGCGGCCGGUGUGGUCACAAUGCCGCAGUACCUGAAGAAGCGAUUCGGGGGCCAGAGGAUCCAGGUGUACGUGUCUGUCCUUUCUCUCAUGCUCUACAUCUUCACCAAGAUUUCAACUGACAUCUUCUCUGGAGCUCUCUUCAUCCAGAUGGCCUUGGGCUGGAACCUUUACCUCUCCACUGUGAUCCUGCUGGUGGUGACGGCCGUCUAUACCAUCACAGGGGGCCUCACGGCCGUGAUCUACACAGACACCCUGCAGACGGUGAUCAUGGUGGGGGGAGCCCUGGUCCUCAUGUUUCUGGGGUUUCAAGAGGUGGGCUGGUACCCAGGCCUGGAGCAGAGGUACAGGCAGGCCAUCCCUAAUGUCACAGUCCCCAACACCACCUGUCACCUCCCCCAGCCUGACGCCUUCCACAUGCUCCGGGACCCUGUGAGCGGGGACAUCCCUUGGCCAGGCCUCAUUUUCGGGCUCACGGUGCUGGCCACGUGGUGCUGGUGCACCGACCAGGUCAUUGUGCAGAGGUCGCUCUCCGCCAAGAGUCUGUCCCACGCCAAGGGGGGCUCCGUGCUGGGGGGCUACCUGAAGAUCCUUCCCAUGUUCUUUAUCGUCAUGCCUGGCAUGAUCAGCCGGGCCCUGUACCCAGAUGAAGUGGGCUGCGUGGACCCUGACGUCUGCCAAAGAAUCUGCGGGGCCCGCGUGGGAUGUUCCAACAUUGCCUACCCCAAGCUGGUCAUGGCUCUCAUGCCCAUGGGUCUGCGGGGCCUGAUGAUAGCAGUGAUCAUGGCCGCCCUCAUGAGCUCACUCACCUCCAUCUUCAACAGCAGCAGUACGCUGUUUGCCAUUGACGUGUGGCAGCACUUCCGCAGACAGGCAACAGAGCAGGAGCUGAUGGUGGUGGGCAGAGUGUUUGUGGUGUUCCUCGUCGUCAUCAGCAUCCUCUGGGUCCCCAUCAUCCAAAGUUCCAACAGCGGGCAGCUCUUCGACUACAUCCAGUCUGUCACCAGCUACCUGGCCCCACCCAUCACUGCCCUCUUCCUGCUGGCCAUCUUCUGCAAGAGGGUCACAGAGCCUGGAGCCUUUUGGGGCCUCAUAUUUGGCCUGGUGGUGGGGCUUCUGCGUAUGAUCCUGGAGUUCUCGUACCCAGCCCCAGCCUGUGGGGAGGCAGACCCGAGGCCCGCUGUGCUGAAAGACGUCCACUACCUCUAUUUUGCACUUCUCCUCUGUGGGCUCACGGCCAUCGUCAUCGUCACUGUCAGCCUCUGCACAACCCCCAUCCCUGAGGAAAAGCUCGCUCGCCUGACGUGGUGGACACGGCACCGCCCUCACUCUGAGCUGGAGAGGGAGGCGCGGGAGAGCACCGCAGGGACAGCGGACGUGCCAUCUGGGGAGGGUCCUACAGGGGCCGGAGGGACAGAGAACCCCAGGCACGGCCAGGAACAGCCUGCAGCCCCACGCAGGUCCCGGGGACAGCUGCUCUGGGGCUGGCUGUGCGGGCUCUCGCGGGCCCCGGAGCAAGCGCUGAGCCCCGCGGAGAAGGCCGCGCUGGAGCAGAAACUGACCAGCAUCGAGGAGGAGCCGCUCUGGAGAAGCGUCUGCAACAUCAACGCCGUCCUCCUGCUGGCCGUCAACAUCUUCCUCUGGGGCUAUUUUGCGUGACUCUGCAGGCCUGGUAUCAGCCAAGGCAGGUUAAACACAGCCAGGCCUG